UUGUAGCGGGAGAAUACAGAUUGCCAUGCCAAAAUCUGUUGUUUACAUGGCGAAGAACAUAAAAAACCUUGCUUGCACAAAUUUAAAGUAAAGUAUGGAGUGAGACAAGAUAUGUACUUCUUUCGUAAAGCACGUUAAAUGUUGAUUAUACCUUUGUUACCAAAGGUCGAGUUGAUAGCACAGCAAAGCCACCGUACAGCAGUAUAGUACAUAUUUUGCCAGAUAUCAACAGGUGAAUUCACUUACUAGCUAACGUUAGCUAAGUAACUUGAAAGGACUCCCUGACAUAUUGCUACAAUGACGUCGAGAGUGUGGCAACACCCCUAUGUCAACAUCUUCAAACACAUGAGAGUUGAGGAAUGGAAGAAGACCUCAAGAGAGGGAGAUGUGACAACCUAUAUGGACAAAACACUGAUGUGUUCAGUGUUUCGGAUCCGGGGGUCCAUUCCAGCCAGCAAUUACAUCCUUCUGCCCAAGACCAGCACUCAGUCCCUGGGGCUGACAGGACGCUACCUCUACCUGCUCUUCAGACCCAGCCCUGCCAAACACUUUGUAGUGCAUUUGGACAUCGCUGCUGAGGAGGGCCAGGUGAUCCGUGUCUCCUUCUCCAACCUGUUUAAGGAGUUCAAGUCCACAGCCACCUGGCUGCAGUUCCCCUUCCUGUGUGGAGCGGCCAAGGGCUCGGUGUACGAGAGCACUGCAAAAACAGCCAGACACGGACUGGUGGGUCCCGCCCCCUCUACGGUGCGUUGGACCUGUCUGAUGAUGGACCUGCAGUACGUUCUCUCUGUCUACCUCAACCGCCGCCACAGCCACCUGAAGACAGUCAAACUGUGUGCCAACAUGUCCGUGAAGAACAUGUUCACCAGUGACCUGGUGCUCGACCCUGGAGUGUCCUUCAAUGAGGCAAAGCAGGCCGGGUUGGCAUCAUCUCUGGGCACAGGCCCCAUGCCUAGGGAGAUGUCCUUCCCUGUGCCCAAGGGAGGCAGCUGGCAUGACCUCUAUGACUACAUCAGGUUUCCAUCAGACGGAGCCAAGAUGCCCUUUGACUCCAUUCAGAAAGGCUAUCCCAGCGCUGUAUCUACAUGUUCCCCAGCAGAGAGGAGUCCCAUGAGAGAGAUGUCUCGCAGUGUGAACAUCAGCAAACCAGUGCAGGACAGAGUGUCACUCAUCCAGCAGAUCACCACCCCCAAACUACACCCGAGGCAUCGCACCACUCUGGAGACGUCCAGUAUUGCUGAGCUGGGAGUGGUCACAUCUGGCCUGAACGGCCAAGACACAUCACAGGACGACUGGCAUUGCCAUGGUGACAACCUGGGAAAAGGUCAGGGGUCGAGGACCUCCAGGUCGCACCGCUCGGCUGUCAGGAUACCGUGCACGGACGAUGGGGGCGUGCACGUUUACGCCCACACCGAGGAUGACAUCAACACCCACAGAGAUGACAGUGACGUAGAGGAGAUUGUUUGUACAGCAGUCUCAAGACCUGUCACUCUUCCAAUAGCCAAGGAAUCCCAACAGCGGAAGCUGCAUCCUGACCCUAUCCUCAGGCUCAAUAGAAUCAUUGGUUUCGGGGGAGCCACUAUGAAAUGUGCUCUAUGGACUAAGUCUGGGGAUACAGUGGUGUAUCCCUGUCACGCCAUCAUCGUCUCCAUGAAGAUCUCCUCCGGACAGCAGAGGUUCUUCAUCGGCCACACUGAUAAGGUGUCUGCUCUCACGUUCAAUGGGAACAGCACAGUGCUGGCCUCGGCCCAGACCGGCAUUCAGAGUGUGGUGCGGGUUUGGAACUACCUCAAGGCCAACUGCUUGGCCAUGUUCAAGACCCACGCUCACUCACUGUCCUCGUUGAGCUUCUCCUACAGCGGUGGGGUUCUAUGUGGAGUGGGGAAAGACGGACACAGUAAAACAAUGGUGGUUGUGUGGAACACCCUGCGUGUCACUAAAGGAGGAGAGGUGUCUGUCCUGGCCAAAGCACACACCGACGUGGACAUACAGACCAUGAAGAUUGCCUUCUUUGAUGACACACGGAUGGUGUCCUGUGGUCGGGAUAACGUUCGGUUGUGGCGUGUGCGGAGCGGGGUCCUGCGGUCUUGUCCGGUCAACCUGGGGGAGUACCACGCCCUGGACUUCACUGACGUGGCCUUUGAGGAGGGUCACUCUGCUGACCGCGAGCCUGAGGACCGCACGCUAUUUGCCAGUAGCCGCAGUGGCCACAUCCUGGAGAUAGACUACGGGAGCGUGGCGAUCAAGAACGUCAGGAGACUGCUGCCUGCCCAGCAGCCCCACGCUCAGCGCCGUGAGAAACAGACCUUCGGCAUGGGUCUGGGCAUCGCUGUCAACAGCAUCAGCGUGUCAUCAGCGUUCUGCGCCACAGGCUCUGAGGACGGCUUCCUGCGGCUCUGGCCCCUAGACUUCUCCACCGUGUUCCUGGAGGCUGAACACGAGGGUCCUGUGAGCCUUGUGUCCGUGUCCGACGACGGCCUCAGCGUCAUGGCGGCCACCACCGGCGGUAACCUGGGCUACCUGGACGUGAGCAGCCGGGGCUACAGCACCCUGAUGAGGUCACACACGGACAGCGUGCUGGGCUUCAGCGUGGACGGUAUCCGUCGGCGCAUCACCACCGCCUCCUGCGACCGCACCGUGCGCGUCUGGGACAUGGACUCCAUGCAGCAGCUGUAUGACUUUGUUUCUGAAGACACGCCCUGCUCCGUGGCCUUCCACCCCAGCCUGCAAGUCUUCUCCUGUGGAUCCAGCUCCGGCCUUGUCAGGGUCUUUGACAUCGCCAGCGCCAAACUACUGGCAGAACACAAGCAGCACAGAGGGGAGGUGGUGGGCCUGGCCUUCUCUCCAGAUGGCGAGUUCAUGUACAGCGCUGGCUCUCUGGGCUCUCUGGCUCUCUACAACUCCUCUCAGGAAGACCACCAUGUACUCCGAGUACUGGGUAAUGUGGUUGCGCGAGGCACUGAACGUGCUCCUGACGCCCUCACUGUAAGCAGUGACAAUCGCUGUCUGGCUUUCGUCGGGCCGUCUGAGUACACCGUCACCAUCAUGGCCGCCCGCUCCCUGGAUGAGCUGCUGCGUGUGGACGUGAGUAUCCUGGAUGUGGAGAGCACCAGUCUGGACUCGGCCUUGAAGGUGUGCUUCUCCCCGGCCUCCACUGGACACCUACUGGUCACCACCUCCGCCAACAAGAUCCUGUGGAUUAGCGCGAACACCGGACGACUGCUCAGAGAGGUGUCUAAGGUACACAAGCACCAGUGUUCCUCUCUGGCAGUGAGUGAGGAUGGACGUUUCUUACUGACAGCAGGACACAAUGCUGUGAAGGUGUGGGAUUACAGCAUGCAGCUGCAUGUCAACUCGCAGAUGUUCAUAGGCCACAGCCAGCCUAUUCGCCAGGUGAACUUCUCCCCAGACCAGAUGGCUGUGGUCUCAGUAGGAGACGCCAUCUUCUUCUGGGACUUCCUGGCCCACCCUCAGGAGACGGGAACUGACAGACGUUCACCACCCAACUCCGCCUCUGUUUCCCCUCCUAAACCAGCCCUUAAAGGUCAUUCAGAGUCAGAGGUCAACGGUCGGCUGCUAUCCAAUGGAAUGCCUCGACGGACAGCUCCCCUUCCCUCCUCACCUCCGCCCUGUUUGGACAUCAGCUCCAUAGACAGGAUUGGACAAGCUCUGAGCCACCUGUCUCUGUGUGAGGAGGACAUUGACGAGGUCCUUCCCCGCGCUGCCCCCCUCCCUGCCCACCUGGCAGGCCCCUCCCCUCGCCCUGCGUCUGGCUCCUUUCUCAAAGUCACUGAGAUGGCAGCAGGUGGAGACUCAUCAACCCUGAAGUCUAGUCUGAAGAGAGCAGCGGACAGUGAUUCUUUGGAGGUGGAGAAGCCAGUGCGCCCCGACUGCUACAAGCACUUCACCCCACGUUUCAAAACCUCCACCCUCGACCAGAGUACUGCAACUCCCGAACUGGGCGAAGAGGGCCUGAGUCUGAAGGCAGUAAUUGGUUACAAUGGCAAUGGGCGGGCCAACAUGGUGUGGAAUCCAGAAACAGGUCUGUUUGCGUACUCCUGUGGUUGUGUGGUGGUGGUGGAGAACCUACACACUGGCUCCCAGAGACACUGGCUGGGCCACACUGAGGAGAUCUCCUGUCUGGCUGUUACCAAUGACGCGCAGACGGUGGCCUCGGCGGCAGGGGGCAGCGGUGGCACCAGGAGCCUCAUCUGCAUCUGGAACGUUCAGGACGGAACCUGCAGUAAUACCAUCUCCUACCACCGGGGGGCGGUGCAGGCUCUGUCCUUCUCCAGGGAUGAUUUCUUCUUCCUCACUGUGGGGGACUUCACCGACCCGGAGGUGGCACUGUGGAGCACCAGGACCUACCAGCUGCUGUCUAGGGUCAGUGUGUCCGGCCCGCUCCACGACGUGGCCUUCAGCCCCUCUGCAGCCAGCCAGCUGGCCUGUGUGGGCCGCCAGGGACUCUACUUCUGCAACACCCACACACAGGGCCUGGACGUGGAGCUCAAGGUGCAGAGAGUAUGUGUGCCAGAGGAGGUGGGUGACGUGGAGCUGACAGCUCUGUGCUACAACGCCAACUCCAUCCUCUUCACGGGCACCAACAGUGGACAUGUGUGUGCCUGGGACUGCAACACCCAGCGUUGCUUCAUGACCUGGGAGGCUGACCAGGGGGAGAUCGGAGUGCUGCUGUGUCGGGGGAACCGUCUGUUGACGGGCAGUAACACUCGCAGGCUGGGGCUGUGGGGCGUAGCAGCUGUACAGGGCAUGAGGCCUGGAGGAGAGGCCUCUAACACAGAGGACAGAGGUGCUCGGGUGCUAUUGGAGCAGGAGAUGAUGCUGGACGGGACGGUGGUGAGCGCGGCCUUUGACGACGUCAUGGACAUGGGCAUCGUGGGCACCACGGCGGGUACCCUGUGGUACAUCAACUGGGUGGACAACACCAGCAUCCGCCUCAUCAGCGGACACAAGAGCAAGGUACAGUGCAGCAUUUUUGCCAGCUCAAUAUCUACACACCUGAUUUCCCUCCCCGUCCCCCAUCUUGUCUGUCAGAGCUGUGGUAGUGCGUGCUGGAGCCCGGUCGUCAGUCCCUCUAAAGGAGAUGCCUGUGUGGUGGGGGGGUACAGCGACGGGACCCUAAGGAUCUUUCGCCUGGCCUCCUCAGAGAUGGAGCUCAAGCUGCACCCGCACCCUGUGGCCGUCACCGCCAUCCAGUACUCUGCUAACGGUCAGGUGAUCCUCUCUGCGGGGAGGGACGGCCUGAUGGCUGUCAGCAGCCCAGUAACCGGGCUUACCGUCCGACUUAUCAGCGACCACAAGGGGGCACCCAUCACUACCAUCCAGUGUGUGAAGAAACAGUACAAAGAAUUUGGGCUUGAAGGAAACGAGAUGUGGUUGGCUGCCAGUACAGACAGACGGGUCAGCGUUUGGGCAGCUGAUUGGAUGAAGGACAAGUGUGAGCUCCUGGACUGGCUCACAUUUCCAGCCCCUGCCAAUCCUGAGGAGUCAGACAGCCUUCCCCCCAGCCUGGCUGCUUUCAGCCCCAUAGACCCUGGCCUGGUGGUGUACACAGGCUAUGGAGUGGAGAGAGAGCUGUCCUUCUACAGCCUGGCCAAGAAACGGGUCAUAAAGAAGAUUGCCCUGUCCCAUUGGGCCAUGUGCUUCAGCCUCUCCUCCAAGGGUCGCCUCAUAGCUGUGGGCUCAAAAGAGCGAGUGCUGAAGCUCAUCAAAUCAUCCAGUGGUAGGUUCCAGGACUUCCUCCACCACAGUGACUCUUUGCAGACCUGUCGAUUCUCCCCCUCAGGGAAACUCCUUUUUACCGUUGCCUACAAUGAGAUCCUGCUAUGGGAGGUGCAGGGCCUUUAGAACAAGAUAGACCACUAUACAUUAGUAGAUUGUGAACUAUAUUAUUAAAGGACAAUCAGGGGGUUGUAUAGACCCAAGCUUUCACCAUUGGUCCUAGUUAGUAUGGAUUUCUAGAUUGACAUGAGGUGUUGGGUGGUGGUAAUGUAGGUUAAUUGAAACACUGCUCUCCUGUCUGCAUCAACCCUCGGUUGGGUGUAGAUUAGAAGUCAUCAAUACUCACGCACGCAAGUGCCUCAGUUCAACUGACGAAGGAAACGGAAUAAUUGAUCAAUUGUUUACUUUAGUCAUUUUAAUUCUGAGGUUUUUAUCAGUCCUGUAAAUUACUUUGCAUAUUUGAAGAAAAUAUUUUAUUUUUAUUUAUAUGGGAGCCUCCUUUGUCUGUUCAGUGGUUUUACACUUGAUGGGAGUCUUUUUUGUUGUUGUUGACAUUUUAUGUUCUUAAAAUUAUAAAACGGUAUGUCCAUCAGCCAAUACGGUCAUUCAGUCUAAAUUAUGCACUAAAAAUGUUUUGUCCAUCAAUGUUCUACACUUAUAUAUUUUUUUCAACAAAGAAAUUUCAAUAAAGGUUGUC